AGCCUCGUCUCGUUUACGCUUCACCGCCAAAGGAGAAAUGCAGCGACAGAAACGGAGACGGAGAAGUUCAAAAGCAUCAUUGGCAGUGGCGGAUAAGAUCAGCAGGUUACCGGACGAUGUUCUUCACUACAUCCUCUCUCUUGUAUCCACCAAAGAAGCAGUUGCUACAAGCAUUCUUUCAAAGAGAUGGAAUAAUCUUUGGCUCUCUCUUCCCAAUAUCGAUUUCAACAACAUCAAAAUCGAUAGCAUUGAAUCUAAUUCAAAAUUUAUCGAUUCUGUUUACUCUGUUUUGGUCUCUCCAGACACUGCUAUCGGCGGUUCUCAUUUCAUCAACCGUUUCUGCCUCGACGUUCAAUUCCGUAACGGUAACCCUCUUUAUGGGUACGAUAACCCUCAUCUUUUGUAUAAGCGCAGUUGUCACAAUGUUGUCAAAUGGGUCAACCUUGUUGUUCAACGCAGACUAAAGUAUCUUCGUCUCAAUCUCCGUUUGGGUUAUGAUCUCCAUCUCGACGUGGAUGAUUAUGAUAAUAGCUACUUACCAAAAUUGCCUAUUACCAUCUUCACCUGCCGAACCCUUGUUAGUCUUGACCUCCAUCACUUCUCUGUCAAGGGUGUGUGUUACCGUUUUCUGCUGAAAGCACUUUCUACUUCUAACUCUCUGCGCUUAGAUACAUUCAAGUUGUACCGCAGCAUCUACCAGCCUCAGCCCCCAUAUGAUGAUAUUCCUAUCUUUCAAAAUUUGAUCUACUUGGAGCUCUGCAAUAGGUGGCGUUUGGUAGUACAAGUUCUCCACCACUGCCCUAAGCUUCAAAAUCUCAAACUUUACACGGGGUCAUAUGCGGCAAAGGGAAAUGAAGAUGAUUAAGAAAAUUGGGUGGACCCAGAAUUUGUUCCACAAUGCCUUUUAUCACACCUUAGAACUUGCACUCUUCGGUUCUCAUUAAUCCGACCAAGUAAACGAAUGAUAGCAAAGUAUAUUUUGAAGAAUGCAAAUUUUUUACAAUGCAUGACAAUCUCGAGUGAAUGUGAAAAAAGCAUAUUGUCCCAAUUCCCAAAAGCCUCUGCAACAUGUCAACUUUUAGUUAAUGCUAACAUAUAGACUAUCUUUAGCUGGUGGUGAUUUCAACAGAGAAAUAUUUUGUUUUUCUCAAUGAUAUUACAUUUCAAUGAUGUGAAGAUGUUGCCCAAUGAAGGAUUCACAAGCCAUGCAAGGAAUAAACAUCUUAAUGGUGCUUCAAACGUUUAGAGUAAUGAUAUUUGUACAACAAUUUGAUGAUGUAAGACCCGGAUAUUUUAUCUUACCCACAUAAAAUAAUUUAUGUCUGAGAAGUAUUUA